AUGUUGAAGGACAUUGGGAGGUUGGAACAGUUCAAGAAGCGUAUUCAACAGGCCAAGCAUGUCACCACUUUAAUAUACAGGCAUCCGAGAUUUCUCUAUGCAAUGCGCGAGAAGAUGGGUGUGAAGGAUCCGGUGGCACCUGCAACCACUCGAUAUUGCACAUUGUUUCUCACUUUGGAAAGGAUGUACAAGCAUAGAGAUGCAAUGAAGUGUCUAUUCACUAACGAGGAUUGGAGUAGGUCUAAGUUGUCAAGCACACAGGUAGGCAGGAAUGUGCGUGAGAUUGUGUUGUCUACCACAUUUUGGAAUGGAGUAGAAGAUUGCAUAAAAGCAUCAGAACCACUUCUUGCUCUGCUGAGGAUGGUUUAUGGGGCUGAGAGACCAGCAAUGCCAGAGGUUUUCGCAGGUCUCUAUCUUGCUAAGAAGAAAAUCAGCAACUCUUUUGCGAGCAAUCCAGGACUACUCAAGCAAGUGAUUGAUAUUGUUGAGCUGCGUUGGUCAGACCAAAUGGAGCAAAAGCUAUAUGGGGCUGCAUUAUUCCUGAAUCCAAACAAAUUUUUCGACAUUAAAGAAAAUGAUCCUGCUUAUGCUUCCAGUCUACGGUCGAUGUUUAAUGAUGUGAUUGAAAAAAUGGUUGUUGAUGAUGAUGAAUUGAUCACCAAGGUAAGUGGCCAAGCUAAUCAAUAUGAUAGCACUGAAACUAGCUUUGGGAAGAAAUUACCAACCCUGAGCCCAUAUGAUUGGUGGAGUGCUUAUGGUGGGUCUGCUAGAGAGCUCAAAAGUUUUGCUUGGCGUAUCGUUGGUCUUUAUUGCUCAGCAUCUGGCUAUGACCGUAAUUGGACUAUGUUUGACUGCGUAAGUAACCAACCAUUAACAGCAAAUAGGCAUAGCUGUCUUUGCCCGUUAGGAAGAUAA